AUUUAUGAUUGAUGACCUCAAUAAAAUAGGACAAUGAUCGGACACGUCUCUGUUUAAAGCUUCUAACUUGCUGCCAGGCCAACAAUCAUACCAUCUCGCUGAAAUCAAAACUCUAUCUAUUCUGCUCAUUGAUUGACCUCCCGGUCUCAUCCAUGUGAACUUCCUCCUUAAUAAAGGUGAUGCUUAAUGGUAACCCCCAAAUGUCUUUUGAUCCGGGAAGGGAGUUGCGACAAGGUGACCCGCUAUCACCAUAUUUGUUUAUUUUAUGUGGAGAGAUUUUUUCAGCUCUGAUUCAGAGGGAACUAGCUCGAUCCACCCUUUCUGGCAUUAAGAUUGCAUGUAAUGCUCCUUUUGUUUCUCACCUUCUUUUUGCAGAUGAUAGUGUUAUCUUUACUACGGCAACCCUGGAGGAGGCAGCUUGUGUUAAACAAAUACUUGCUUCCUAUGAGAGGGUUUCUGGUCAAGUCAUUAGCUUUGACAAGUCGAUGCUAUCUAGUAGUCGAAAUGUGCCUAGUCCCCGCUUCGAUGUGCUCAAAAGGCUUUUGAAUAUAAAGGCGAUGGAAAGCUAUGAUAAAUAUUUGGGGUUACCAACCAUUAUUGGUAUUGAGCGGAUGAUUAGCAGGUUCUAUUGGAGUGGUGAUGCUUCCCGGCGAAGUAUCCAUUGGCUCAAAUGAGAUACCUUGUGCAGGUCCAAAUACUUUGCAGGGAGCUUCUUAUUUUAUUUCUAUUCUUAAGGAUGUAAGGAUUUGGUUUUAUAUUUUUCUAGUUUUCGUUUGUCUUUUGUUCGUCGAUCCGGUAAAUCUGUAGCUGAUUAUUUGGCUAAGAACUCCUCAAGGCAUCCCAACUGCAUUUGGAUUGAGGAGAUUCUCCUGGAUUGUUUCAGUUUGGUUGCGUCUGAUGUAACUGCCUCUAUGACU